CAGAGCGCGCGAGUGAGUGUGCACGCGGAUGUCACACUCCGUGUUGCGCACUUCACACUGAGUGCAGGCUGAGAACGGGUGCUUGACAAACAUCAGAGAAUGAAUGCAUGCACAGACAUAAAUGCAUUGGAAUAAAAUUCGCUAAGAAACUAGCAGAGUGUUGUUCGUAAUCAUCACGCGGGGGGAACAGUAUGUGGACAUUAUUUCACGGUGCGUGCUGCUGGAAUCGCAACUGAACAACUCUGGUAAACUCUGAGCUUAACGUUCGAAUGGCGAGGGGUGAAACAGCUUACUAUCCCAAUCCCUGAUAGAACGACUGAACCAAAAAAAAAUAACAGUUCGUUGAGUUUUCUAGAGGCAGAAUCGCAUAGCUCGUGCUAGUAGUUUGUUUUUUAGUAGGCAUCUCGCGCACAGUUAGCUCAACAUUUCUACGGGCUCGGAUGUUAAUUUGAUCGCCUGAACACACAAUUCUAUCUAUUCACUGGACGGAUCCACGCUUUAGGAUGCCAGAUCAAAUAUCGGUGUCGGAGUUUCUGUCGGAAACGACAGAGGAUUACAACUCUCCCACUACAUCCAGCUUCACCACCCGUCUGCAGAGCUGCAGGAAUACAGUCAGUGUGUUAGAGGAGGCUUUGGAUCAGGACAGAACCUCAUUGCAGAAGGUCAAGAAGUCAGUGAAAGCCAUUUAUAACUCCGGCCAGGAUCAUAUUCAAAAUGAGGAGACGUACGCCCAGGCUUUGGAUAAGUUUGGUGGUAACUUCAUUAGUCGGGAUAAUCCAGAUCUGGGCACGGCCUUCGUUAAAUUCUCCACUCUGACUAAAGAGCUCUCCGCCCUCCUCAAGAACAUGCUCCAGAGUCUGAGUCAUAAUGUGAUCUUUACACUGGACUCCCUGUUGAAAGGCGACCUGAAAGGCAUGAAGGGGGACCUGAAAAAACCCUUUGACAAGGCCUGGAAGGACUACGAAACGAAGAUUACAAAGAUUGAGAAGGAAAAACGUGAGCAUGCCAAGCAGCACGGGAUGAUUCGAACAGAGAUCACUGGUGCUGAGAUCGCUGAGGAGAUGGAGAAAGAACGGAGGCUUUUCCAACUACAGAUGUGUGAGUACCUGAUCAAAGUGAAUGAAAUAAAGACAAAAAAAGGGGUUGACCUCCUUCAGAACUUGAUCAAGUAUUACCAUGGGCAGUGCAACUUUUUUCAAGAUGGAUUGAAGACGGCAGAUAAGCUAAAGCAGUACAUCGAGAAACUAGCAGCUGAUCUUUACAAUAUAAAACAAACACAAGAUGAAGAGAAAAAGCAGCUCACAGCAUUAAGGGAUCUCAUUAAAUCCUAUCUACAGCUUGAACAAAAGGAGGUAGGUCAGGACUCUCAGAGUAAACAGGGUGGCUAUAGUAUGCACCAGCUGCAGGGAAACAAAGAGUUUGGCAGUGAGAAGAAAGGUUAUCUGUUGAAGAAAAGUGAUGGGUUGAGGAAGGUGUGGCAAAGGAGGAAGUGUUCUGUUAAAGGAGGAAUUCUCACCAUCUCUCAUGCCACUUCAAACAGGCAGCCUGUCAAACUCAACCUGCUCACAUGUCAGGUCAAGCCCAGCUCUGAGGACAGGAAGUGCUUCGAUCUCAUUUCCCAUAACCGUACAUAUCAUUUCCAGGCUGAAGAUGAGCAGGAAUUUAUUAUCUGGAUCUCAGUGUUAACUAACAGUAAGGAGGAGGCACUUAACAUGGCCUUCAGAGGAGAGCAGGGUGGAGGAGAUGAUGGGCUGGAAGAUCUCACUAAAGCCAUAAUAGAAGAUGUGCUGCGAAUGCCCGGAAAUGAAGUGUGCUGUGAUUGUGGGGCUCCAGAUCCCAAAUGGUUGUCAACUAACAUCGGAAUCCUGACAUGCAUCGAAUGUUCAGGCAUCCACCGGGAGAUGGGCGUCCACAUCUCACGCAUUCAGUCCAUGGAGCUAGACAAACUGGGAACCGCUGAACUCUUGCUGGCCAAGAAUGUGGGAAACAGUAGUUUUAAUGAAAUAAUGGAGGGAAAUCUUCCUUGCCCCUCUCCCAAGCCCACUCCUGCUAGUGACAUGACUGUUCGUAAGGAGUUUAUAAAUGCUAAGUAUGUAGAUCAUAAGUUCGCAAGAAAAACCUGCAGCUCAGCAGCAGCCAAGAUGAGUGAGCUGUUUGAAGCCAUCAGGUCACAUGACCUACUCGCUCUCAUCCAGGUGUAUGCUGAGGGGGUGGAGCUUAUGGAACCACUACCUGAAGGAGGACAGGAAGGAGGAGAGACUGCAUUGCACUAUGCUGUGAGGACAGGUGACCACACCUCACUGCACCUGGUUGACUUCCUCGUCCAGAACAGUGGGAAUCUGGAUAAACAGACGGAGAGGGGAAACACGGCCCUGCACUACUGUUGCCUGUAUGAGAAACAUGAAUGCCUCAAACUACUGCUGAGAGGCAAACCAGCUACUGAUAUCACCAAUCAGAAUGGAGAAACAGCUCUGGAUGUGGCCAGGCAGUUGAAGAUCGUUCAGUGUGAGGAAGUGCUGGUACAAGCCACUGCAGGAAAAUUUAAUCUAAAAGUCCAUGUGGAAUAUGAAUGGAAUCUCAGACUGGAGGAGCUUGACGAGAGUGACGAUGAUCUGGAUGACAAACCCAGUCCCAUUAAGAAGGAUCGUUCUCCCCGGCCCCAGAGUUUCUGUCACUCAUACAGUCUGUCUCCUCAUGACAAGCUCCCUCUGCCUGUUUUCACUGGCCAGCGAGAUAAGCAACGGCUUUCAUACACUGCACUCUCCAAUCAGAUGUACAGUGUUUCUACUGACUGCCCGUCCUCUCCAGUCUCAGAUGCUCCACCUCUGCCUCCUAGGAAUGCAGGCAAAGCUCCUCUUCUGGCUAACUUGCCCCCCUCCACCCCUGCCACACAGACCCCCGCUAGUGGCAGCUCCACCCUGUCAAAGAAGAGACCACCGCCCCCUCCCCCUGGACACAAACGCACUCUAUCCGACCCCCCCACCUCUUUCUCACACACCCCGCUCAUAAAAGGAAGCGAUUCGACGCCUCCUACUGUCAUCAAGAUGUACACUCAAAACAGAUUUGAGGGUAUCCCACAACAGCAAAGUCUCAACUCCACAAAGCCCACACUUGGUCCACGGGUCCUUCCCAAACUACCUCAGAAGGUUGCCCUGCGUAAGAUAGAUACCAUUCAUCACCCAUCUAUGGACAAAACCAACCAGCCUCCUGAACCUGUCCUGUUCCAGAAGGUUCUGCAGAGUUCAGACACUCCACAGAAAGUUCCGUUAGCCGAUAGACCCCUACCUGGAGAUAUACCUCCUAAACCACAGCCUUCAGAAUUACCCCCUAAACCAGGAGAACUGCCUCCAAAGCCUCAGCUAUCUGACCUACCCCCUAAACCUCAGCUGAAAGAACUACCACCCAAACCUCAACUGACAGACAUCUCCCCACCCAAACCUGUAACCACUGAGGUCUUCCACAAACCUCCUCCUGGUGAAGUGUCUCCCAAGCCACAACCACCAGAUACUCCAGCAAUCAGCCAACAAGCUGAAUUGUCUCCUCAACCUGUCCAGUCUAGUGAAGACACUAAUGGAAGCCCAACAUCUGCACACGAGAUGCCUGUACCAUUGCCCAGGAAAAUAAAUCCGAUAAAGAGUAACAUGCGAAGGGUGAAGACUAUCUACGAUUGUCAGGCAGAUAAUGAUGAUGAGCUUACUUUCGUUGAGGGUGAGGUCAUUGUAGUAACCGGGGAAGAAGAUCAGGAGUGGUGGAUCGGGCACAUCGAAGGUCAGCCAGAGAGGAAAGGUGUAUUUCCCAUGUCUUUUGUUCAUAUCCUGUCUGAUUGACACUGAACUGUUGGUCCUCCGCUUCCAUUUAUGGGAUGCACUUGACUUAGCUGCUGAAUCAACAAUGCAAGUUUUAGAGAGAUGGAACCACAAUGAGAAACCCAUCAUCACAUUACCAUCAUCAGAGACAGAGUGUAAAUAAAAUGUCUAACUUUACCGCUGUUACCUGUACCAUUUUAUACAGCCUACCGCAAUGGCUAGACUGCACCCACUUAAAAGACCAGCACUUUCUAUCCACUAUUACUGAUACUGUAUCUCUCUAUAUAGGAUUGUACAUAAGUGUGUGUGUGUGUUUCACACAAGGAUGAGUGUGUGAUUUUGUGUAAAUUUAGAAAAUUGUGUUUGUCUGAAAAGUAAAUGUGUGAACUUGUACUCAACCUGCCAGUAAAUUAUGGCAGUUUUGUUGAAAUAAAUUGAAGUAUAAAUGUGGCCAUCAUUGCUAUCAUCUAUAGCAGGGCAGACAGUAGUAGACUUCUCUUCCUUGCGAAUAACUGGACUUGUAAGUUUCCUGAACAUCGGUUUUCGAUAUUGUUUUUACCAUCACAUUUCGUAAUACACCACUAAAGCAUGUCCAAGAGUGAAAUGUUAAUUUGUGUUUGCUAUUCCCUGUUCUUGCGACUCAAUGUAAAAAUGAUUAAUCUGUGCAAUGCAUUACCUGUGUCCUUUUCACAGGCUGUUCCUACCUGAUCCCAUAUCAGUGUUUGUUUUAUCUACACAAGUAAUUUUACUACAGUCUUUUUGAAGGACAGUGCUCUGUAAUACAGUGGUGUUCCACAAACACAAAUAUCACCCUUCAUCAUCUUUAGUUUAUUGAGAGGUCUUGGAUACUUGAAAUACUUCUGAAAUAUGGAAGUUGUUUACUCGGUUCAUAGAUGGACAUGUACUGUAUUGCAAUUGGAACCUUUGCUUUGUCCAUGCUGCCAAUAACCCCAUGUCAGAUCUCAAGAAAAGUUUCAUUAGCUGUUCAAAUUCCCAAUGAAGGGCUAUGACCACUAUAGUUUCCAGUUUGAGAUUUGCUCAGUCCUGCAUUCAUUUAAGCAACAAAGGUUGGAUAAGAUCAGCAUUGUGAUUCAUUUUAGUAGAUGGGAUCCCCAGAAUUUCGAGUAGUCUAGUUCAGAACGAAUCACAAUUGAAGUUUGGAUUAUUAUCUUCAUUUGACAUUAACCCCUUUUGUUGCAUUUACCCAGUAUUCAGCGUUGAGGUGAAAGGAUAGAGGUCAGACAGGUUUCUAUUUGACUGCUUAGUUUGAGGACAGUAUUCACUGUCUGAACAUGUUCCUCACUUACCAUUCCAUUAUUAAUAAAAUGGUUUCAUGUUAAACAAGA